AUGCCCGAUUCGCUCCUCAGCAUUCUUAUCCAUUUAUUCCCCCGCACACUCGGCAUGCUGAGGCCUCCCGUCCGUCUCUGUACAUCCCACUAUGACUCGAAAUCCUUUGAAAACAUCAUACCCACGAGGAGAACUCUUGAGGCGAAGCAAGCUAUAUAUCAAUGGAGCGUUGAUGAAGGAUUUCCUCCGCAUUUGAAGCCCGAUACUCCGUCACCUGACACAGAGGGAAUCUUCAAUCAGCAGCAAGCUGGCGAGAUUAAGUGUAUCGCAAGUACAUUUUCUUUCGUUGUCCCGACUGACAUCAUCCACGACGGCGACACGCCAUACGCGGGGCCAACACUUGCCGACUGCGAAAAAUUCAACAAUGCAAAGAUCCAAAACACGGAUGCAGAUAUCAUGAAGGGCAAAAACAUUGGCAACCUGGCUGACUGGUAUACGGAUGCCCGAUUCGCUCAGCAACACCUCAGCGGCGUCAACCCGUGUACCAUUGAGACGGCUUCACCGGACAAGGUCAAGGCUUACGUGGCUGAAGCAGACAAGCAGGGCCUUGGUGACAUGAAGACGUUGCUCUCAGGGGGGCAAGACCUGCUUAUGCAGGACUACUCGUACUUCCGUGAAGCUACUGGUCUCGGCAACGAAGUCUUCUCGAACAAAAUCUUUGAACUGACGCAGGGCUCUGGGCCCACUCCCACUGUCACUGCCACUGGAAAUUCUUCCAUGCGCUAUGCGUGCGCGCCCAUUGUCAUCUUCCAGCUUCACUCUGAUGGGCGGCUUCAUCCGUUGGCCAUCACGCUCGACUACAAGGGCUCUCUGGAUAACUCCAUCACCAUCUUCAACCAAAAAUUGACUCCGGAUGAUACCAAGGUUGACGAAAAGAAUGACUGGCCAUGGAGAUACGCCAAGACGUGUGCUCAGACGGCCGACUGGGCCAGGCACGAAAUAGCAGUCCAUCUCGUUGACACGCACUUGAUCGAGGAGGCCGUCAUUGUCGGUUCGCACCGGACCAUCCCAGAGGAGCAUCUGCUGUACGAGAUUCUGAGCCCACAUUGGCUCAAGACGCUUCCGUUGAACUUUGCUGCUCGCCAACUCCUCGUCCCAGGCGUCAUUGCCAGGAUUUCUGGGCUGGGGCCUUCUUCCAUGGAUGUCGCUGGAAGCCGCGUCAUGAGCCUCCUCCGAUGGUCGUACAAGAACUUCAACUUCCAGGACAAGUACGUCCCCAACGAUCUCAAGAAGCGAGGGUUCGAUCUCGAGGGGGAGACGGGAAACAAGUACUGCAACUACCCCUACGCCACCGACAUUUACUAUCUUUGGGAGGUGAUUCGCGACUUUGUCAAGUCUGUGCUUGCCACCAAGUACAAGUCCGACCAGGACGUCCAAGAUGAUGGAGUCAUCAAGAAUUGGUGCAACGAACUCAUCACUGAGGGCCAAAUUAACAACUUCCCCACUAUCACCUCAGUGGACCAACUGAUUGACGCCGUCACCAUGUGUAUUCACAUUGCGUCGCCCCAGCAUACUGCGGUCAACUAUCUACAAGACUACUACUACAGCUUCGUCGCCACCAAGCCACCAGCGCUCUGCACCGCGUUGCCCAACGACCUCAAGGCGUUGCAGACAUACACCGAGACGGAAUUCACCGCCGCCCUUCCCAUCGGCACUGACGGGGGCAAGUGGAAGGACUGGCUGCUUGCCGCACAACUGCCCGAGUUGCUCAGCUACCAAGUUGCUGAGCAAAACAACUUGAUCACGUACGCCCAGUCGCUGUACAACGUCAACAAGGACCGGUUGGAGGAGGAAGAGCAUAAGUUUUGCUCUCACGAUAUUGCCGAGGCUGCCCGGCUCUUUUACAGCCGCUUGAAUGAUCUCAAGCUGGCGUUUGAGUAUGUCUCGGCUAUCCAGACGGAGGGAAGUAUCGAGUAUAAGGUCCUGCAGCCGGAUUUGACUGCCAUCUCGAUUUUGAUUUAGAAAUGCCGAGCAGCCGCAGAAUGGGCAUCUGGAGGGUUACUUCUUGCGGCGCUAAAUUUCAGUGAGCAUUUCAGCUAUCUGUUGGAGUAAGAGAGGUUGUGAAAAUAGGGAAACAGUAGAUUCCCGAUAGUUUUGGGUGGGAUACAAGUAUUCAACAUACAAGUAUCAUCUAGAAAUACACUUUCUUUUAUCCAUUCGCGUUCUUACC